CUCCGCCCACAUGCAGCGACCUCCGCUUGGACCCGCACGCCCGCUUCAGCCUCCGCGGCCGCGAAGACUGGGGCAGCAACGAUCCCCUCCAAUGGACCAAGAGCAGACGCUGGAUGUGACUGUAGCGUUAGAGAACCAACAAGCGGAGGUGCGCCUCGAUGCCCAGUCGCCGUGGCAGGUCGUCCUCGUCCUCGCCGUCCUUGCCGUGUUUCGAGAGGGCUGGGGCUUUGGCUACGACAUCAGAUAUCAGUGGAACCGCAAAGAAUAUAUGCGCUUCUUCGUCGACGGCUCGCAAGACAUCCGGCGGUGGCUUGGACAGGAUCGUCCCUGAGAACCCUGGACGUUCGUUAGAUUAACCGUGUCUUGUGCCGCCGUUCGCUAGUUGUUCCGUACCCCGAGUGCAUGUCUUGUUCCUUCUAAGUCAAGCAGCGCCCAUCUCCCGUGAUGCAUCAGCACAAAUAAGCCUCGUUACAGAUCGGGGUCUUCCGAUGAUCCCGUCUGACAAUGCAGAGAAGACAUGAGGCGAUCCAGAGUUCCUGGUUGGCAAGGCUGCUGCUGCUGCUGUAUCAAUCAGCAUAUACACCAAGUGCAGCAAUAUCUUACAUACAGUACAUGCAUUCAUUCAUUCAUAGCAUACACACCCACACGCGUCCAUCUCACCCAUCCACAAACGCAAACCGGUCGCAGAUCAGCGCGACGUCCGAUAUCGUCUUCAUACGGGAGGCCAACAGAUCGAGCACGUCAAGCUCCGCGUCUGUUUCGAGGAGGCUGGCUGAGAGCGCCUCAACGGACAGCGUCUGCCACGGCUUCCACACCGAGACGUGCGUACCCUCGGCCGACGACGGUAACGCGAAUCGCGCGGGGUCGCGGAUGCGCAGCGGUGCAGAUACCGAGCCAGCAGCAGCAGUAG